AGACAACCCAAACAGUGAGUGAGAGAUAAAGGAGCAUCGCGCCCAAAGUUAUAAACCAUGAGCUGGGCGGUGGAGGAGUGGAAGGAUGGACUUCCAGGGAAAGCCCUGCAGAAGAUCCAGGAGAUGGAGGUCCAGCUGGACAAACUGAAGAAGGAGAGGUCUCAGAAACAGUUUCAGCUGGACUCUCUAGAAGCAGCCCUGCAAAAACAGAAACAAAAGUCUGACAAUGAACGCACCGAAACCUCUGCCUUGAAAAGAGAGAACCAGUCUUUAGUGGAGUCAUGUGACGCUCUGGAGAAAGCCCGUCAAAAGGCAUGCCAUGACCUCGGAGUCAAAGAGCAGCAGGUCAGCUACCUAGAGGGUCAACUAAACUCCUGCAGGAAGACUAUUGAACGACUAGAGCAGGAGCUGAAAAAGUACAAAAAUGAACUGGAUCGUUCUCAGCCUGCAGGCUCUUCCUCCUUGUCGUCAUCCUCUUCUGAGCUUCAACCCUACACCACCCCACAGAAAAGUUUUCCUACUCCAGCUCCUGUUCCUGCCUACAAACAGGACAACAGACUAGAGGAGCUUCAGGAGAAAUACAGCCAGGAGGUUGAAGAAAGAAAAAUACUAGAAACUGAGCUCAAAGUUCUGCAAGUCAAGCUGUUGAAUCAGACAUCAGCCAGUGUUAGCCAUAAGGACAUUGCUGCCCGCCAAGCUGGCUCUUCUAUAUUCCCAUGGCAACAACAGGAUCAGGCACAUGGCCGCCCAACUCUGGAUUCCAUGGAAACACCUCUAAAGAGGCGGGGGACCUCCCUUUGGGAUGCCCAUGAGGAGACACCCAUUAAGCCCAGCCAGCGGAUGAGCUCUUCAGUAGUUAUGCACAGUCCCAGUGGAUCAUCCCAUCAGGCAGAGCAGCUGAAGACCAUUAACCAAGAGUUACGGAGCCGUGUGACCGAGCUGGAGAGGAAUCUGUCCACGCAGGAAAAGGAAAUUCGUAACCAAGCUUCCAAGCUGCAGGAACUACAAACACAACUGAAUCAGGCCCGCAAGGAGCUGGGUGAACGGGACAGGGACCUGGCUAAGACCAACCAUGAGCUCAGUCAAGCUACAGACAGACACCAACAGGCUGUUUCCAAGUGUUCGUCUAUUGAGCAGAAGCUCAAACAAGUCACAGAGGAGAUGAACUGUCAGAGACAUAACGCUGAGAGUUGCAGACGAGCUCUGGAGCAGAAACUCAAGGACCAGGAGAGAGACAGUCAAAAGGAGCUUGCCCAGCUGCAGAGUUCCCAUCAUGCUUUGGACCAGCAGCUGAACCAGACCAGAACCAAGCUGACACAAGAGCUGCAACAGUCCAAAAAAGAACACAACGUGCUGCAGGCAGACCUGGAGAAGAUGAGCUUCCAGAAGAGUCAGAUGGAGAGGACCAUGGAGGAGCAGAAACAAAAACUACUGAGAUCAGAACAGAGCCUCCAGGCCAGCCAGACCAAAGAGCAGGACCUCCGCAAGAAAAUGGAGGAGUUGCAGAAAGAGAAGAACAGUUUGACUGUACAAUUGGACCAGAGCAGCAGGCGUCUCAGUCAGCUGGAGGAUGAGAAGAAGAGCACAGACCAGAGCCUCAAACGCACACAGGGGUUACUGGAUGACCUCAAAGCAAAAUCAGAAGGACAGGCCGAGGAGCUGAAGAGACUUCAUUCUAAACUGGAGCAGCAGACUCAGGCAUCAGCGAGGGAACUGGAAAACCUGAAGAAGACACUCUCUGAUGCAGAAACCAAAAAUGAUAGAUCUCAGUGUGAACUACAGAAACAGAAACAGGAGACAGAGAGGCUGACCAACAGGUUGACUGUUCUUGAAAAGGAAACUCAAGAUCUCAGAUCUAACCUCACUGCAAGUCAGAGCGAGUGCAAGGACCUGAAACAAGAACAUCAGUCUCUGCUGGAGUGGAAGAAAGAAAAAGAGACAUUGAUUAAUGAUACUGAGGCUGUGCAGAAAGAGCUCACUGACAAAAUUGAAAACUUGGAGAAUAGUCUCAAAUCACUGAAUGAGGCUAAUGAUGAAAUGAAGAAGCAGGUCACGAGUGUAGAGGGAGACAAGGCCCGUCUGUCAACUCACAUUGACUCUCUGAAAGGAGAACUCCUCAACAAGUCCACAGAGCUGGAGGAGAGGGAGCAUCAGUACCAGGAGCUUCAGUCUAAACUCUCUGAGGCUGGACAGAAACACGCCAAAGAGCUGGCAAAUGUCACUGUGCAGGUGACUCAACUUGAAGCUCAGGUAAAAGAUCUGGAGUCACGUUUGCAGAGGGAAAUGACUCGAGCAGAGCAGGCUGAGCAGGCAAACAAAGAGCUGCAGGAUGAGCUCCAGGCAGCCUGCGACCUGGCUCGCUCCAAAGACCAGCUGUUGGAGCUGGGCCAAGCAGAGAUCAGCCAGCUGAGAGAAAGCCUUACUCAGACCACUGCACAGCAGGAGGAGCAAAAUGCCAGAAUGGCAGAGGAGAAGGCAGCCCUGCUGAAGCAGUGUGAGGAAAGUGUUUCAGCAAAGAUGGAAGAGGCAGAGCAGCUCAGGCUGAAGUUGGAAGAGGCUCAGCAAGAGCUGCAGCUGACCAAAAAUCAGGUCAGUUCUUUGGACCAGUUCUUGAAGGUUCAGGAGCAGCUGGGAGCUGAGCUGCAGAAACAGAUAAACACACUGUCUGAAAAUGUAGAGGGACAUAAGAAGAUGAACGAGAAGAAAUCAGAAGAGCUCAUAGAGUUAGAGGAGGAGCUGAGGGAGCAGAAAAGCCAAACUGAGGAGAAAGACAAGCAGCUGAGAGAGACUGAAGCUCAGGUUCUGUCUCUGGAAGAACUAAAGGCUGAGCUGGAAAAAUCAGCUCAGGAGACAAAGAAAGAGGCUGAGAACACCCAGCAGAGUCUGACCGAAAAGAUCAACAACCUUCAGGAGAAGAUUUUGUCCUUAGAAGAAGAGUUAUCUGUAAGCAAAACUACAGCAGAGAAGCUUCCAGUCUUACAGAAUGAACUGGAUGUAAUCAAGGAAUCCUAUGAUGACCUUAAGAAGCAACUAGAAGCUCUUGAGAAGAGUCACUCUGCCACUGUUGAAACCAAGUCCAACCUGGAGAACACCCUGACAGAGAGAAAUGAUCAUAUCCUGAGUUUGGAGACAGAAGUCAAAGAUCUUGUAGAGAAGAUGAGCAAGGAGUCAGAAAACUAUGCCUUGGAGAUUGAAAAUUCCCUCAACAAAGAGAAAUGCCUGAAAGAGAAGCUUGAAGCAGCUAAGAAAUCAGCAACAGCAGCUAAAGCAGAAUCAAAUUCUCGUCGAGAUGAGAUCAGGAACAUGAGGACGACUCUGUCUGCUGCUUCAAGUGGUUUAGAAGAGAGAGACAACACAAUUAAAAGUCUGAAGGAGAAGCUGAAUAAAGCAGAGGCAGAACAGGUCAAAACCUCAGAGCAGCUGAAGGAGAAGGUGGUGGCCAUGAACAAAAUAAAGGUACAACUGGAGAUGCUACAGAUGGAUCUGGAGGACAAUGAGACCGUCAUGAACUCCUACGAUGGUCAAGUGGAGGAGCUUAAGGGAACCGUCAUGUCACUGGAGGCUCAGCUGGCUCAAAACCAGAUCCAGAUGUCUGACUUGGAGGCAAAACUCAAGGACAGCAAAGCACAGGUUUCUGUUUUGGAAACUCGGUUAGAGGAGGUCCAAUCUCAGAACUCCGUGCUGGAGAGUCAGUACGUCACAGCGAGGGAGGAGCUCAUGGAGAGGAGCUAUGAAAUAACUCGUCUGGAGGAGGAUGCUGUCAGAAGAGACCAGCUCGAGGAGAGCAUUGCCGCUCUCGAAGCUAAACUCUGUCAGGCCAAUGAGGAAAAUGAAAAAACAGAGACAGCUCUCAGGCAGAUCAUUGAUGAAAAAGACAGCAGUCUUAACCAGUUACUACAGGAGAAAAACAAUCUGGAGACUUCUCUGAAACAGGUAACAGAUGAUAAAGAGCAAGUAGAGGCUGAAAUUAUUAGAGUAAGUGCAGAGAAGAAACAGCUAGAGGGCAGCGUGGAUAAGCUAACUGAGCAGAAGCAACAACUGCAAACAAAGAUAAAUGAGUUAAAUGAAGAGAAACAAGUGGCUGAAUCCACUGUUAAACAGAUUAUUGAGGAAAAGACACAGCUAGAUGUUACCUUUAAUUCAAUAAAUGAGGAAAAAACCCAACUUGAGGCAAAGCUGAGUGAGCUAAUGGUUGAGAGAAAUAACAUGAGGAGAACUCUAGAUGAAAAACUUGAGCUGGAGGUGAACUUCAAUCAGUCGAUUGAGGAGAACACCAGACUGCAAACCAGCCUGAAUCAAGUCUCAGAAGAGAAGUUGCAGUUACAAGAGAGCAUCAAGUCUUUUGAAAAUGAGGUGGCUUCUCUGAGGGAGGAGAAUGAGGGUAUUCAACAGUCCCUCCUGGCCUCACAGCAGGAGCACCACACUCUGCAGGAGCAGCUAGAGAUGAGAGCCAAGAGGAUUGAAGACGAGAACAAGGAGAGGAGUAAACACUCUGAGGCAGAGAUGGCAGAGCUACAUCAGAAGUUGGGGUCCUUACAGAAGGACCUGGAGGCGUCAAAGCAGAACUACAACUCACUGCUGGAGCAUGUGGACCAACAAAACAUCCUCAUAUUGCAGCUUUCAGAAACACAGGAAUCACAGAACGCUGGAGAAAAAAUCAGCAUCAUGGAGUCUGAUGAGAAACAAACUGAUGGAGAAGCAGAGGCAGAUGAUGCAGAGCCACAUGAUACAAGUGUCAGUACAGAGGCUUGCCACUCUACAUUGCCCAAAGUGGAUGACCUCUCCAACAAACCUGAAGACAUUUCCAGUGCUUGUAAUGAGACAGAGCUGGUCUUGGAGGAGGACAUUGCUGACAAAGAGAUGACAACGGAACAGUGUGAUGAAGAUCAGGCAGCUCCUGGAGUCGAUGAAGAAAAAAUGAAGAGUGGCGUGGAGCAGCAGGAGGCCAUACACCAGGUUCCUGAAGAUGGCAGUAGUCCUGAGGAGGCCCUUGAAAUUAAAACUGAAGUCUGUGAGCUUUCUCCACCAUCUCUUUCCCUCAGCGAGAACAGGCAGUCAGAAACCACUGAGUCUUCCCUGAAACAAGAUGACUUGGACUACUUCAAAGAUGCACUGGCAAAGCGGGAAUAUGAACUUGAAUCCUUGCACUCUGAGUUUGACCAGCUGAAAUCUGACCUUGAGAUGAGAAUGGAGUUCAACUCUGAACUCAAAGUCCAAGCUCAAAACUUGGAGCAGAGACUGCAUGCAGCAGAGGAGGAGGCCCACAGUGCAGGAUGUAAGCUGAAAAUCACACUGGAGGAGCAGAAAGGCGUGGCUGACCAGUUGGCCCAGCUGUCUGAGGAGAGAGAAACUUUAACUUUGCAGUUGCAGACUGCUAAGUGUCAGCUGGCUGAUGCGAUGGAGAUGUUGGAGGGACUUGAGAUGGCGAAAGGUGGUUGGGAUGAGAAAUUCCUCCAGCAGGGGAGUGAGCUGAAAAGAGUCCGCUCAGAGAAAGCUAACUUGGAGCAGCACAUCCUGGGCAUGGAGUCUGAGCUAGAGACCCUGCAGGAGGAGAGGACCAAACUGAAGAGUGAGAUGGACACCCAGAAGAAGACAUCCUCCAGCAUGGAGCAGCAGGUGGAGACACUUAGGACAGAGACGACCCAGCUGAGGUCUGAACUGGUGUCCUGCUCUGAGGAGAGGGAUGACCUGGUCCAGUCAUUGGACCACUGGAGAGAGAAAGCUCAAAGUCUGGAGAAGACUAACGGUGACACAAGACACCUUGUCUCAAUGCUGGAGGAUGACAUCAGAGCAGGAAGGAAGGAGUGUGAAGCUCUGCAAAUCAGCAUGGAGAAAAUUAAGACAGAAAAGGAACAGCUCUUAGUGCAGAUAAAGGCGUUGGAGCAGGCAAUUUCCCAUCAGAGCGGAGAAAGAGAGGAGCUCAUAGGACAGCUUGACAGAAUCAAAGAAGACAACACCUCAGCCAAUCUAAACACAGAAUCCAUGGUGGGCAAGAUACAGGCUUUAGAGGGAGAAGUGGGUCGUCUCUCCCAGUCUUUGGAGUCGUCUCUUCUAGAAAAGGGGGAGAUCGCCUCUCGUCUAAACUCCACACAGGAUGAAGUCCGACAGAUGAGAACAGGGAUUGAAAAGCUCCAAGUUCGCAUCGAGUCAGAUGAGAGGAAGAAAAAGAAGAUGGGAGAGCUGCUCAAAGCUGCACAGAUGAAGUCUGACUCACUGCAGGAUCGCAUCGAUAGUCUGCACCGAGAGAAAGAAGAUGUAGAGCAAAGUCUGGAGGAUGCUGUGCUUCAGGCUGAAACUGCUAAAGCUGAGCUGGAGGAGGAGAGGACAAAGGUGGAGGAAGAGAAGAGAGACCUCAGCAAGAAACUCCUGGAGCUUUCUGCCACUUUGGACAACCUGAGAUCUGAGAAAGAACGAAUGGAGAAGGAGCUGGAAACAAAAAACAAAGAGAUAGAAGAGCUGAAGGCUGCUAAGGAGGAGCUGGAGAGAGGUAUAGAGAAGGCAGAGGUAGACCGUAAAGAGGAGGAAGAAAGGCAGAAAAACAGGGUGGAAGAACUGGAGAAAGGGAUGAGAGAGGAGGCAGAGAGAUUGACGAGACAACUGGAAGACCUCGAGGCACAGCUGGAGGCCUCCAGGCAGAGAGAGAUCUCACUAGAGCAAAACAAAGAGGAAAUAGAGGGACAAAAUGAGAGGAUGGACUCCAAGAUAAUAGAGUUAGAGGAGCAGAUAAAUCUUCUGGAGAUGUCUCGAGAGGAGUGGGGGAGACAAAAAGAGUGGAUGGAGUCCGAGUGGGAGAAAGAGAAAUACAUCUUGAAAUGCAAUUAUGAGGGUGUGGAGGAAAAAAAUCAAGAGUUUAAAGCAGCCAUGAAAGCAAUGGAGCAGGAGAUAGAAGCGUUGGAGAAGGAGAGGGAGAGGGAAGCUCAUAAUAAAGCCACCUCUGAAAAGUCCAUCUCAGCUCUUACUGAGGAGAAAGAGAAGUUGGAAGAAGAAAACGGUCAUCUUGCUAAAGAAAUAGUGGAACUACGCUCUUCCUUUUCUUCAGUGGAACAAAAGAUCGAAAGCCUGCAGUCUGCUCUCCGAUUGGCAGAAGAAAAGGAUGGACUGGAGCAAGAGAAAAGGAUGCUAGCUGAGGAGAAGGAGAGGCUUCAGUCUGACCUCUCUUCAGUAGAAAAGGAAAAGGCAAACUUAGAACAAAGUCUCUGUUCAUUACAGCAAGAGAAGGAAACACUAAAAGAGGAGAAACAUAAACUAGAGGCUGAAAAACAAGAAUUGCAGACUUCUCUUUCUUCUGUUGAAGCAGAAAAACAGCAGCUGUCUUUUUCUCUAUAUUCACUGGAACAAGAGAAGCAAAGAGCUGAGGAAGGGAAGAAGAAACUCUCAGAGGAACAGAAGAGUCUUCAGUCAGCUGUUGUGUCUUUGGAGAAGGAGCUUGAGAAACACAAGUUAACUGUGGCACAGCUCAACGAGCAGACAUCAGAGUUAACGUCUCGUGUUGCUCAUCUGACCAAAGAGAGAGACUCUGCUAUGGGCAAGAUGAAUCUCUGGAUGAAGACCUGCAAACAGCUGGAGAAGGAGAAGGAAGUGAUGUUAAACAGCUCAGCUAACAGUAAGAGCAGCGAGGAGGUGAGGACUGAGAUCAACCAGCUGAAGAUGGAGGCAAAAGAGAAGGAAAAAGAGUUGGAGGAGUUGAAGAUGGCCCUGCAGCAGAAGAAGGAAGAGGCAGAAGAAAACCAGAAGGAGCUAGAUGAACUUAAGGCCGCUCUCGAGGGGAAAAAGAAGGAAUUAGAGGAGAAAAAUGGUGAGCUGGAGGAGAUGAAGAGCGAGCUGGAUGAACUAAACAUACAGAUGGAGGAGAAGAGCAGGGAGGCAGAUGAGAGUAUGGAAAAAUACUGCAACCUGAUGAUUAAAGUCCACAAACUGGAAGAGACCAACAGUGCACUGAGCAUACGGCUGGAGCAGCUCACUGUGAGUAAAGAUGCUAGUGAAGCUAACAGCACUAAAAGCACUCAACCCCGGCGCUCAGGGAGGAAGUCUACGUCUAAACAUGAGAAAGAAAAACUAGAUAACACUGAAAACACAGCGCCUUCAACUCCUCAGAGGUCUCCUCAGGGCACGAGUAAACGCAGCCACCAUGAUGUCAGCGAUAAAGAGACUGCACAGGAGGCUUUGCACAACCUGACCAAAAAGAUCAAAGCUAACGCAGUGACCACACCCAAACCCCAGACCGAGCAUGAGGAUGAGGAGUUCAGACCAGAGGGACUGCCUGAGCUGGUGCAGAGAGGUUUUGCUGAUAUUCCUCUGGGAGAGGCGAGUCCUUUCAUUGUGAGGAGAACAACAGUGAGGCGCUGCAGUCCUCGACUGGCUGCCAAACAGACUGUUCCUAUGUCAGCAUCAGACGGACAGGUUUUGGCACCCAUAUCCUUCCAGAGUCCCUCUGCAGACGGCUCAAACAGGAAGCGACUUUCCCCAGGUGGAGAGGAGAAACUUUCACAUCGUUCACUGACGACUGAGCAGAAACAUCAAUCACAACAAGGAGACAACUGUCACGUUCAGUAGAUCCACGUUCAAAAACAUGCUUACACUUUUGCACUUGUGAUUUAUUUGUAGCGACAUACACAUGCACACGCAUAAAACAUGAACACUCUACUAUAAAAAACAUCUAACCUUGAUGUAAAGACACAUUUAUUUUAAAAAUGACAGCAAGACUAAAACUGUUUCAUAGGUAGAAUGCACCUUUUUCUUUCCUUCUUUGUGCUUUGAUCUUAUUUCCUGUUAAGUCUUUUUUUUACCAGAACACGCAUAAAGUGACUCUUUACAGUAAAUCCUGUAGCUUAAAGUCAUGAACAAAAGAAAUCACUUGUCUGCUUAAGGUGAUGAGGUAGGGGACGAGCUAACCAUGAGAAAAUGUAGACCUUCUUGGUCACUUUACUAUUUAGAUAAUUAUCAACAUCAGCAUUAUUUUGUGAUGCUUUUGAAUGUAAAUCCGCUGUGCAAAUGUUGUUCCUCUGGUUCCACUUUAUUUUCCACUGUUUCCUGUUUCCUGAAUUUUGUACAUAGAUGAUUUAUACCGAUCCUCUUCUCUGUUAGUCUAAGUAUCAUAUCAUCUGAUUGCUAAUGGCAGCUAAGACUCUCUGAUAAUCUCUCUUCCAACUUUCUGUUACUUUUUUAUUAUUUCUUGAUUUUUUUGCCAUUUCAAGAAAAGAUGCAUGUUUUUCCUUUCUUUCCAAUUUUUUUUAGCAGAUGCUGACAGCAGGUCUGUGGUUUGUUUGUUUUUUACGUAGCCGCGGCUCUGUCUUUGUCAUUGUAAUUAUUUUCUAU